AUGAUUGACCCGCAAGACAGAUUACUCUCGGAGGGCCAGGGCUAUUUUGGCCCGAGGGAAAACCCAGCAACCCAAACUCACUGCAACGUCUGGGACUGGGAUCAGCUGCGAUUGAUCAAAGUCAAAGGAACUGCCAAGCUGUUUCCACCCCAAGAAGACGUUGAGACCUCGAUCCUUGCUCAAUUUGCCGAUUAUCUUUCCCCGGAGGUUCGUGCAAUUACAGUCGACGAUGACGGGCUUCUCACUGGAGUUUCGACAGACCGGAAAAAGAUGAUACAGGCUUUCUGGAUAUCUCCCCUUAUCACUCUGUCCAUCACUCGCAGAUUGCCCUACCGUGUCGAUCUUGUGUCAUAUAAUGAUCAGAGGGUUGCAUUCAAAUUCAACCCUUUAGACAAGCCUCGAAGGCUAAAGAUGUCCUGGAAGGAGACGAAUCUGCUCAGCAAGCUGCCGCCACAUCCUAAUCUUAUACUGUUCGACCGCAUUGUUCUCGAGGACGUGGAAUCUCGAGUGAUUGGGUUCACAACGAAGUACAUCCCAGGCGGAAUGCUAGCCGAUGAUCCAAAAAGACCAUUCCGAUUUGAAUGGCUACAGCAGCUUACUCAACUGGUGGAUUUUCUGAACCUAGAAUUAGGGAUUAUGCACCAAGACAUUGCACCACGCAAUUUGCUUAUUGACCCCGACACAGACAAGAUUAUUCUCUUUGAUUUUGAUUGGGCCGCCAAUGGGAAGGAAGGUCUAAUGGAUGGUCGAGACGAUGUGUCCGGUGUUGUCUUUACACUACACGAGAUCAUCACGAAUGAUACACAUCCCACAAGCAUUCCUCACUGGGAGCGAAAUACAGAUAUGGUACAGAAUAUUGAAUGGACUUGUCGCCGCGAACUAGACUCGGAUGUUUCAAAGUUCCGCAACUUUCUGGAUGAAUGGAUAGCGUCGAGAACGGAGAAAGCCACAGAGCAACAUCUCAAUGCACCCAAGCGGCUUACAUGGCCGGAUCUCCCAACCCCUCCAGACUACAGUGUGCCCUUUGAGCUAGGUUGGACAGAGGAAGGAGAAACUGUUUGGCAAACGGGUGGGCGUUCAAGACGCAUUGCACUAGAGAAGGGGCAAUACUGCUUUCGGUGGCAAAGACCACCACAAAGCCGGAAGAAAGCUGAAAGCAUUAAUGGCUGA